AUGUUCAAAUCAAGAGUUAUUGAAAACAGUAUUAGUUUAUCUCUUCAAGAUUUUACACCAAAAUUAUGUCAAAUUGAUUCAGACAAAGCUAUGAUAACUUGUCCCACUGGAACAACAGCUAGCAAUUCUUCCUUAGCAACGCUUACAAUUCAAGGUCUUCCUGAAAAUUAUAUCUUUGAUUCAGUGAAAUAUACGUGUCCAUCAACAACAAACAAUGCAGAACAGUUCUGUUAUAUAAGAUUAAGCAGAGAUAACACUAUAUAUACCCGUUCUAGAGUGUAUCCAAAUCAAAACGUUCAAAAUAGCGUUGGAACGAUACAAAAUGGUGAUAAAUUGAGUAUAACAUUCUAUUCUGGAGAUAAUACAGCAGAAUUUGGUGUACCAACUGUAUCAUUUUUUGCAAAGAACAUUGCAUUAAACACAUAUGGCCAACCAACAUUGACGAAACUUAAAGACAAUGUUUACAAAGCAACAGUAGAGAUAUCUCCUGAAGACAAACUGUACAUAAACACAUUAACUUUAUUGAAUCCCUUUGAUCCGCCAAAAACUUUUGAUAAAUUCAACUGGGAUUUACCAUUAGGCAAAACAGACGUAAUGUUAAUUCCAAUGAUAUCAAACGCAACAAUGAUGAUCGGAUAUGAUAUUUAUUCAUAUGAUUUUCUUCAUCAAUGGCAUCAAAGACAAGAUUAUACAGGAUCAUAUUUAGAAAUAUGCAUGCAUCCACUCACAAAGUUCACUCUUUCCUAUAUAAUUGUUGUGAAAAAUUCAGAGAAUUACAGAGAUUCAAUGGAAAAGUGGCAUUUCACAUUUCCUGAUAUAUACAACGUCAAUAGAUAUGGUCCAGGAGCAUGGAUUCCAUUCUAUCUCAAUAGAGCACAGAAUGAUUUCGAUCCAGUUGAAUCAUUUAUGGGUAAAUAUUUCUGGGGAACAAUUUUCAAGUCAGAUGACAUGUAUUAUGACUUACUAAGAUUCAAAUACUAUGAAUUAACAUUUAUUCAUGUUAGAGAAAUCGAUUGCGAUGAAAAUUAUAAAGAAAACAUUGAAAAAUGUACUACACAAAGUUGUGAUUAUAUAAGAAGAUAUGGUGUCAAAGAUAUUGAUGGAAAUUAUUAUUGUAUACCAAAUUAUAACAAAAUUGGAUCAAGAGCUGUCCAUUUAUGGGUAGGAGAUAUGGUUCAGCCUGUUAUUGAUGAUUUGAUUUCACAUAAAAAACAAUUUAGAUAUGAUGGAAUUGGUUUAGAUUCGAUGACAAACUUUAGAGCUAAUUAUAGAUUUGUCUGUCCAUUAGAUUUAUGUCCUUACAGGAUAUUGGAUGAUAAAAACAAUGAUGUUGAGUUUGAAAACAUGGCAGCCGCAAUAUUUAAUAUGUUUAAUAAACUUUCUGAGUAUGCUCCAAGCGGAUUCAUGACGAACGCUCAAUUUACUUAUCCACAAGUUACGAAGUUCGUUACAUCAAGUGGAUAUGAACUUUACACGUUCACGAAUGAUUUUGCGAAUGAUAAAUUCACAAAGAAAAACUGGUUCAAUAUAUUUUCAUUGGGAUCUCGAUCGAUUUCUCAUUUAGAUAAUUCAUUGAAUUAUUCUGCUUCUGAACAAUAUUUCAGUUUUUGUGCAUCACUUGGUGUUAUUCCUUCUUAUUUUAGAUAUGUUGAUACUCUAAGAUUUUGGACAGAUGCUAAUGACAAACAAACAAUGAAACCUGUUUAUGAUAGGUGA